ACAUAACAAUGGUUUGCGUUUUUAUUCAUAAAUACGUGAUAAAUCUUUGUUUGACUUGCUUAUAAUCUGGGUCUCUGCAUGUUCACAUAUGCGGCAUAGUUCCCCACAAAUUGAUGCCGCAGAUAGAGAAAGUGGAAAGACCUUUUGACUGAUGCGUUCUUCUCAAGAGCUGAGGGAGGUUCCAACUGUCAUCAUGCUAGGGGUUGUGUUUAUUUAGACUCAGUUCUUAUGCAUGUCUCGUCAUCUCCUCUUUACCAUCUCUCCGUUUUUGUGAGAUCUUGAGCUUGCUACACUCUGCAGAUAAAGAACACUAGAAACUGAGCACUUGAUCACGGUGCAUCAAGAGCAACAUUGAACUGGGUGGCCGCAACCUGGUUGAAUUUGUUAGAUUUGGACCUUUGGCGGAUUAAAGCUCAAGUUCAUUUUCCUUAGACUAUCAUGGCCGAGGACUCUAAUGUUCUUGUAGCAGACAGUAUCAUUGAGGACAGUAAACUAAAUACUCCAAAGGGCAUGCCUGAAGGCACUGAUCAACAUGUUCCCGUGAUAAUGAUAGAGGAAAGUGAUCAGCAUUCAUUAAGAAGCAAGUGGAACAUUCCAAUCUCUGUCUUCUUCAGAGAUGCAAGGCGUGUAUUCAAAAUGGAUGAACUUGGUCGAGAGAUAUUGAGGAUUGCUUUUCCCGCUGCCUUGGCUUUAGCUGCUGACCCUGUUGCUUCCUUAAUUGAUACUGCAUUCAUUGGUCGUAUAGGUCCAGUGGAGCUUGCAGCUGUAGGAGUUUCUAUUGCUAUAUUUAAUCAAGCUUCGAAGAUUACCAUAUUUCCGCUGGUCAGUAUAACAACUUCAUUUGUUGCGGAAGAAGAAACCAUUGGAAAAACAUGUGCUGACCUGGAAGAAGAUGAAAACCCUAAGAAAUGCUCAACUAAGAACAUGGAAAUGAAAGAGCUGAUGCCUGAUGAUGAAAUGCUUGAGAAAUUGGAAAAGGGUUCCACCAACAACUGUGAAGUAAAAGAUUUACUUCCAGCAGAAGGUUCUACUGCAACUAAAUGUAAGUCUCCUCCAAUAAUCAGUAGCAAAACAAAUAAAGCCAAAUUGAGCAAGGAAAGGCGACAUAUCCCUUCCGCAUCUACGGCACUUGCAAUUGGCGGGAUCCUUGGUCUCUUACAAACAUUGUUUCUGAUUUUUGGUGCUAAAACCCUCCUAGCUUUUAUGGGUGUAAAAUCAGGUUCUUCGAUGCUAACCCCUGCUAAAAGGUACUUGACACUAAGAUCACUAGGGGCUCCUGCUGUUCUUCUUUCUUUGGCAAUGCAAGGCGUGUUUCGAGGCUUCAAGGAUACCAAAACUCCUCUCUAUGCCACUGUUGCAGGAGAUGUCGCAAAUAUUAUCUUAGAUCCAAUACUUAUCUUUGUCUGCCAUUUGGGUGUCAGUGGUGCUGCAAUUGCGCAUGUUCUUUCUCAGUACUUAAUAUCUCUUAUUCUCCUAUGGAGGCUGAUGAAACAGGUUGAUCUCUUACCUCCGAGCCUUAAAGAUUUACAAUUUCGCCGGUUCUUAAAGAAUGGACUUCUUUUGUUGGCAAGGGUGAUAGCUGUCACAUUUUGUGUUACUCUUGCUGCCUCAAUGGCUGCACGGCUGGGUACAACAUCUAUGGCCGCAUUUCAGAUAUGUUUACAAGUUUGGAUGACAUCAUCACUUCUUGCUGAUGGUUUGGCUGUUGCUGGACAGGCAAUCCUAGCUGGUGCAUUUGCAGAGAAAGAUUAUGACAAGGCAACUGCGGCUGCGUCUAGGGUAUUACAGAUGGGAUUUGUUCUUGGCCUAGGGCUCACUGUGAUUGUUGGUGUUGGCUUGAGAUUCGGAUCCGGAGUAUUCUCAAAAGAUGUCAAUGUUCAGCAUCUCAUUUUUGUGGGCAUUCCGUUUGUUGCAGCUACACAACCUAUCAAUUCCUUGGCUUUUGUCUUUGAUGGCGUCAAUUUUGGAGCAUCAGAUUUUGCCUACUCUGCAUAUUCCAUGGCAAGUCCCCAAAUCUCUGCUACCAAGACCUACUUUUGUCCGGUUCGUGUGACUUCCAAAUAUGUUACCUCUUCUCUAAUAAGUUUUUGUAUGCAGGUUUUAGUUUCCAUUAUUAGCAUUGCUUCGUUAUUCCUUCUCUCUAAGAGUGACGGUUUUGUUGGAAUAUGGGUCGCUCUGACUAUAUAUAUGGGUCUUCGGACUGUAGCUGGUAUUUGGAGAAUGGGAACUGGGACUGGACCUUGGCGCUUUCUCAAGGAAGGACUUCUUCCCCAACGAUUAUGAUUGCGAACUUACCUUAAAAAACUCUUCUUAGAUAGUUCACACCAUUUCCGCAACUCAUGUUUAUUAAUAUUUCUAUAGAGGCAAUGCAUCACUUACAUUACACUUCUUACUUUUUACCUAGUGGGUCUCCUAGUUUACCCACUCAAUAAUUGGUUAUAUACACAUACUCUCUCUC